CCGUAAUCCAAUCAGUAGUACAAACGGCGGCCUGCCAGGCCUGGAUACCUGUGCUUUAAAGGGCAAGAGACCCGACUAUACCGCCCUGUGCACUAGUGUUAUUUCAUGUAAUGCAGAAGUUAUCGCUUUGAAAACCAAGGAACCUCCUUGAACCAUCUGAUAUCAUGGAUGAGACCAAAGCCAACAUGAUGAUCACAGAGAUUAUUGUAAAGCACGCGCUUGAGAUUGUUUUCCUGCUGACUGGAGACCAAUAUAACGUAGUGAAGAUAAAAGACGAAAAUCCAUCGUUUGACAGUAUUCCUUCAAAAGCUGCCUGCGCAACACAAACUGUCUCCGUGGAGCCUUCAGAUAAUGUGGUUCUGCCUGGGAAAAAUUACACGAAGACACAAAUAGCAGAUAAGAUUGUGAAACACGCCUCUAAUAUUAUUCAUCUGCUCAGUGGAGAGAUACCUAUCAGGUACGACAAUAUUGCCAUGUACUUUACCACAGAUGAGCUACAAUAUUUGGAAGAACAUAGAGAUUUAUACAAGGACAUAAUGGAUGAUUACCAAAACAACAGCUCACAAGGAACUUGUUUAAUCAGAAAUGAAGACAAAAGAAAAAUAUCUUCCAUGGCUGUUCAAUUAGAUGACCCUAACAAGAUUAUCCAGAGCAGAAAUCCAACCAAUAUCGAAGAAGUAAAGGACUAUGUAUGUAUUAAAGACAAUGGAGAAAUAGUUCCUAUUGCUUUCCAAUUAGAAGAUCCUAGCAAGGCUAUCCAGAACAGAGAUCCAGUCAUUAUCCAAGAAGUAAAGGAAUAUGUAUGUAUUAAGGACAACGGAGAAAUAUCUCCCAUGGCUUUUCAAUCAGAAGAUCCUAGCAAGAUUAUCGAGAACAGAGAUCCAACUAUUAUCCAAGAAGUAAAGGAAUAUGUAUCUAGUGAGGAUGAAGACCCUAGCAGUAUUAUCCAGAACAGAGAUCCAACCAUUUUUCAAGGCUCAAAGGACUAUAUAUGUAGUGAGUGUGGGAGAGGUUUUGACGAUAAGAGAGACUGUAUUAAUCACAUGAGAGGUCACCUAGAAGAGAAACCACUACUUCAAAGGAUAACCGCUGGCGGAAAACCCUUUGUUUGUGAUGAUUGCGGAAAAAGUUUUAUAACUCGUUAUUUUCUAAGUAGGCAUCAGAAGAGUCACACGGGUGAAAUUACUUGUCCCGAAUGUGGAAAAUCUUUUAUUAACCACUCAGCGCUAGCCAAGCACAGCAUAAGUCAUACAAAAGAAAAACCAUUUAAACCAUUUCCGUGCUCAGUAUGCGGUAAACUCUUCAGUCAGAAAUCAUCACUUGUGAUACACAUGAGGAUACACACAGGUGAAAGACCUUUCUCGUGCUCUCAUUGUGAUAAAUCCUUUAGCUCUAGCUCAGCACUUGUUAACCAUGAGAGAAUACACACAGGAGAGAAACCAUAUUCUUGCAAGAUGUGCGGAAAAUGUUUUCCUAACCCAUCAAAUCUUUAUAAUCACCAAAAAAUGCAUACAUCACCGGGACAGUUUGCUUGCACUGUUUGUGACAAGCGAUUUCAUUACAAAUCUCAUUUUCUUAGACACCAACACAAACAACUUGCAUUGAAGGGACAUUAAAUUCAUUUUUUAUUUUAUUUUUUAAAUUAGAUGUUACUGUGCUGAAAAAAUGUAACGAUUUUUGUUCUUAUUAAUGUGGGGUGUGUCAGUCUUCACCAAUAAAGCUGUAGGAUUCCUUAUUAGCCAAUCACCUUCUAUCACAGAUACCAACUGUAUAUUGAUAUGCAUUUCCUUUUAAUUUCAACAUAAAAGAAAGCUUUAAUUUAAAGGGACAUGUAACUUAUAUUUUUUUAUUUCAUGGUUCAGACACAAAAUGCAAUUUUGAACAUCUUUCAGAUUUACUUCUAUUAUCUAAUUUGUUUUAUUCUCUUGCUAUUUUUUGUUGAAAACUAUGCCUAAGUAUGAUCAGGAGCAGUAAUGCAUUACUGGGAGCUAGCUGCUGAUUGGUGGUGGCACACAUUUGCCUCACGUCAUUGGCUCUCCUGAUCUGUUCAGCUACCUCCUAAUAGUGCAUUGCUGCUCCUUCAAUUUAUUAUUAUUAUUUAUUUAUAAAGCGCCAACAGAUUCCGCAGCGCUGUCCAUGGGUACAAAGAUAAAAGUACAGUACAAUACAAUAUAAAGGCCACCAGACAAAGUCUAACAAACAAAUACAGGGGGAAUUGAGGGCCCUGUUCCCGUGGGAACUUACAAUCUAGAUGGGUAGGAGGGUGAGAAACAGGAGGUGGGGACAGCAAAGGUGAGAAUGAUGUUAGUGUGUAGUUACAUUAGGGCAGCUGGAAUUCAUUUGUUACUGAUUUGGAGAUAGACUUCCCUGAACAAAAAGGUCUUUAGGGAGCGUUUAAAGGAGGACAGACUAGGAGAAAGUCUGACAGCUCGAGGAAGUGUGUUCCAGAUGGUUGGUGCCGCAUGAGAGAAGUCCUGUAGUCUAGCAUGGGAGGAGGUGAUGGUAGAAGAUGCAAGGAGCAGGUCAUUGUUGGAUCUUAGGGGCGGGCUGGAGUAUAUUUGUUGAUGAGUGAGGACAGGUAGGGGGGCAGCAUUGGUGAGGGCUUUGUAUGUGAGGGUGAGAAUUUUGCUGUUAAUGGGGAGCCAGUGAAGGGACUCACAGAGAGGUGCAGCAGAUACAGAGCGUUGGGAGAGGUGGAUUAGCCUAGCAGAGGCAUUUAGGAUGGAAUGAAGAGGGGAAGAAAAUGAAGCACGUUUUAUAAUAGAAGUAAAUUAGAAAAUUGUUUAAAAUGGUAUGUUCUGUCUGAAUCAUAAAAGAAGAAUUUGGUGUUGUAUGUCCCUUUUACUUCUUCAUACAAAUAAAUAUAUUUUAACAUGUUUUUUUCAUAUGCAUGAUAGAACUUUGUUGGUUGAAUGUUCCUUUCAUUUCUUUUUAGUUGUGUUCCACAUUUGUUUAACCUAAUUAGGUGAUUUGUUUGCACAGAAGUUCUUAGGGGAUUCUGGGUAAGGAUAUGCAAAUUGGGUUCACUGUUGCUCCUAAAGCGCAUUUCCCCAUAAUCUAAACCAUUUAACACUAAUUAAAAGUUCAAGCUUAUAGCCAUACUACCUUGGUGCUUGUAACAUAAAUAUGCCACAUCAUAGGCAGAAGAGGAGUAUUCGUUUUACAGUUAAAGGGACAUUCUGGUCAAAAUUUAAAUGCACAUAGAUGAAUUACAUCUUUACAUAGAAACAUAUUUGCAAUAUACAUGCAUUGGCAAAAAUGCUUCUAGUAAAAGUUAUCACUGUUUUAGUGUUAACAUUUUUCUCUGCACGUGCAUGUGAAGGAUAGCUAGAUAUUCUCAGUGCACAAGCAUUUUAAAAACUGCAGCUGCUCAGAGUUCCAGUGGGGCUUGUAUUAUGUCAGCAAUUAACAAAUUGAGUAAUUACCAGAUGGUACGAGCAACUUAGGCGCUCUGGGCAAGUGCUGUAUUUAAAAUGCUGGUGCACAGAGCAUACUUAAAUACAAAAAUGCGUCUAUUCAUAACUGAAAUGAACCCAUAUGCAUUUUAGUUUUGGCUGGAAUGUUACUUUAAGCCUCACUUUAUAUGACUGAUGAAAUACCCCCACCCAGCAGCAAGUCGCAUCUUCCUUCUUAUCCUAUAGAGCUGGGGACAAACCAUUAACCAUCAAGAUUCUAAUUGUUCAUUUCAUGUUGAUCUUAAAGUCCUAGUACAGAGCACUUUGAUUUUAACCUCCACCUCUAGAAUUUGUAGACUACCAGCAGCGUUUCUGGAGACUUCAAUUUCAGACAUGGCCAUCUAGAAUGAAUGCAGUCACAAAAAAGGAGUCAUCAUAUUUAAAGAAACUGGUCCUCUAAAGGCUAAAUACAUGUAUAUGCAUACAUUUAACCAAUUUUAAGUGAAAGGAAAUAACCAUGUAUAUGCAAAGCAUUUACCUGAUUGGUGCAUUUGUAAUUGUCUCCCUGGGCAGUAACACUUUAUAGAAAAAUGUGUACAGUGGCAAAAUAAAUGUAAUAUAAUUGAAAAGGCUGCUGAAAGGACAGGAAAACAUGUAUUGGAUAUCCCUGAAUAAGCUGCUAGAGGAUAGUGAAACGCGUUGCAAUAAUUGUAUGCCAAUAUUGGGAAAAGAGUGAUGCUGAAAAAGAUAGCCCCUUCGUAUUUACUAACCUAAACUGAGGAUUCUGACCACCACUAUAUGUACCCACAGUUUGGCAUUUCUAUGUUUGUAAUUCUUUAUUUUAUUGUAAUAAAUCAUUUUAAACAUA